AGUAUCUUCAUAUCCAUUGAUUCAUUUAGUUGUGUGCGUUUUAAAUGUAGGUGUAGUAGGUGCAGUAGGUGUAUUCCAUCGUGCUUUGGUAUACGAGUUACUGUUCUUGGCACAGUUUCUGACCAUCUCCUAGUGCGAACACAACGAGCUGGACCUCCGCGAGUUUCCCGCGGAAAUUUAUUUCAAAUAUUAUCUUUUAUAUUUAAAUUACACAUAAAUAUAAAUAUACGCAUAUACUUUUUUUAUAAUUAUAUAUAUUAUUAAACUUGUGAUUUAAUAGAACAGUGAUUGCGAGUGACAUUUUUUACGAAAUUCAAAAUGGAAAAGAUUCAAGUAAAUUCCUGCUGUGGAUGUUUUUCAUUAAAAACAGGCACAUUAUUUACCGGAGUAUGUGGCAUUAUACUAUCAAUAAUCACAUUAAUCCUCAUAUUUACGCUCAAUAUUGAACUAAAGAUGAUAGUGCUUGACAUCCUAGAUAAAUCAAUCAUUAAGAUUAUCUUCGCUAUAAAUCUUUGCAUGACGAUAUUAAUCUCAACAUUAUUGAUCGUCGGAGCUCUUAAAAAAAAUACAUUUAUGAUGCUUCCUUGGGUUGUAUUGGGAAUAAUGUUAGCAAUUGGAGCCCUUGUAAGUGUCUUAUAUACAUCAAUAGCUUCAAUGGUCAAUCAUAAAAUUUUAAAUGGCGUUUUAAGUUUAAUAAUUGGCCUUAUAUUUGUCGCUAUUUACGUGUACUUAUGGGUCGUAGUGUACUGCUAUUUCCAACAAUUAAGAAUGGAAAAAAUGAACGUUAAAGUUGGACCAUAUGGAAGACCUUACAAUUAUCGACGACCGUAAAAAUAAACUAAUAAGUAAUAAACUUGUUACUUUUUAUUCAAACCGUUUAAAUUUAUAACGGUAAUAUAAAAAAAAAAUCACCAAAGCCUUGCCACAAGUGUUCCUUAAAAAUUUUUUAUUUAUUAAUAAAUAAUAAUUUUUUUUUAUUGUUUAUUUUUAAAUAAAAUUUAAGGAACAUACAUUUUAUUUUUACGUAUUGAAGAUACGUUUUAUUUUGUACAUUUAUUUAAAUUAUUGAGUUUUAAAUAUUUUACAUUUGACUGAUAAUAAUUAUAUAUAAUAAUUUAAUAGAAUUUUGAGUCAUAUAAAGUACCCGUGAAAAAAUCUUUUUAUAAAAUUUCAUAGUGUUAGGAAAUUGUAUAAAGUUAUGUCAAAUUUCAUAUAAUUUCAUAAAACUUUACUGCACACAAUUUAUAGAGUUUACAAAAUUUCGUGUCUUUUGCGAUCUAUAUUUUUGGAAAUUUCAAUUAUUAUACAGUCGAGUCAAGUUAUAAGUUCGUCGACUUAUUUUUCUAUUGAAGACCCCGAUGAAAAAAGAUUUUAUACAAUUAUAUAUAGACUAUAUAUAAUUGGAUAGAAAAAAUGGCCCGAUCCAAUUGUAUACAAUUUGUAUAGAAAUUGUAUACAAUUCUAUAUAUUGCAAUUAUAUAGAAUUGUAUAUAAUUGUAUAGAAUUUGUAUAAAAUUGUAUAUAAUUAUAUAGACUUGUAUACAAUUUGUAUAGAAUUGUAUACAAUUUUUAUACAGUUGUAUACAAUUGGAUCGGGCCAUUUUUUGUAUAUAAUUUUAUACAAUUGUAUAAAAUCUUUUUUCAUCGAGACAUCCCCCCUCGAAACUGAGCAGAAGUGGGGGUACAGGAAUUCUUAGAAUUAUAUUACACCCUUGUAAGCAGAUUCAUAUCGCGACUAAACUGGUUGUUAUACAGUACAAUCUGGUUAUGUUACUAUUAGGGGCUAUAAGCUACGUGCGCUUACGUGUACUACUAUAGAAAUAAGUGUGUAUUGUGCAAACGUAUAUUCGCGAGAAUUUCCAGUUCGCGUUUUUGGUGGCGUUGUUAUUAUGCAUGUAUAAGUCUCACACUGAUGGUUUAAUAGUAUUAGUAUUUUCGCGCACGCAGCCAAUAGGAGAAAAAUUUCUUGGAAAUGGCUUUCCUUUACUACUACUAUCUUUUACACGGCAAUCGCUUGAUUUUCUGCAUGUGUGCGCCGUGUUUGUUUUGUGCCCGCAGUUUUUUUAUAAGUUAGUUGACGUUUGUCAUUUAUCUACGUACAUACUUAAUUAACUUAUAAAAGGACUGAUGCAGAAACAAUUUCCUUCACGACAACCGAAAAACUUCGUUAAUGGAACUGAAGUGGGGGUACCAUUUGGAGACAGGCGAAAAAACUGUAUUAUAAUUUAUUAUGAAAUUAUCAAUUCGUUAAAAAUAUAUGAAAUUUCAUCAAAUCUUAUAAAAUUUAAAUUUGUAUGCCUCGAUGAAUAUACUAGUUAUUUGUCCGCAACGACAUACGUGCGUCGGUGCAGUGGGUAGCAGCUAGAACUUAGAAUCGGAAAGACCCUGGUUCGAGCCCAGCAAUCGCCGGGACUUUAUUAUCAAUAAAAAAACAUUAAUCCGUCUCGAUAAUGUUCUCAUCCAUCAGAUCAAUAUUAAGAUCGAAAUGGAAUUUUCAAUUUCCCGUUAUGAAAAUCGAAAAUUUUCGAAAAAUUCAGGGUUAUGGUUUUUUUUUUAAAUUAACUACUGUCGGUAAAUUUUUUUGAAAUCUUAUAAAAUUUACCAGGCUAAUUUGGUAUAAGAUUUCAUUGAGGAAAAUUUUAUAAAAAGAUUUUUUCACGGGUAGUGUAAUUAGACUUGAUAAAUUAAUAAUUUAUAUAAUAUUUAAAAUAAUAACAAAAAAUAUUUUAUAAUAAUAUUUAUUAUUUUAUUUAAAUAACAUAUCAUAAUCAAAAUCACAAAAUACUCAUAUUUAAUAUUACAUGUUAUUUA